AGCGUGCAGAAGUGCUCUUUGCUGCCUCUCAACAUUCACUGUUCUACUAAAUCGCCUACUGAACGAUGCACGACCAGACUGUCUGCAUAGCUGCAGUAACGGUAUUAGGUCUUUUAGAGCAAGCGUACUUCUCGCUGCAGGUUAUCUAUGCUCGACGCAAGUACUCCGUCUCCCCACCAAUGACAACUGGACCACCAGAAUUUGAAAGAAUCUUCAGAGCUCAAGCAAACUGUUCCGAGUAUUUCCCCAUCUUCAUCUCUUCUCUGUGGGUAUCUGGGCUCUUCUUCAGUCAAGGGGUUACAACUCUUUUCGGACUCCUUUACCUGCAUGGCCGUUAUCAGUACUUCUGGGGCUAUGCUGAGUCCCCUCUUGGCAGGCUUAAGCCUCUGUACUUCUGCGCCAAAGUCCAGUGGGUGUUGAUCGGGCUAGGAGCUGUGGGGGUCCUGUGCACCAUGAGUAGGCUCUACCUGGGCGUCGACAUCCCCCAGUCCAUCAACCACAUCUUCCUCUGAGGAAAGGCAGAGCAUGAUUACAGCGAAGAGGAAGCCGAUUAGAGGUGUACUGGGUGCAUAUGUGUACACCCUUUGUGCAAAAUGAAGUGAAACACAACAUGAGGGAGACAGGGUCCAUUUGUAACACCCUUACAAGACAUGUGACAGGGAUUUGAAAGAAUAAGGAACUGAGUUCUUCUUCCAUUCUCAGCUAGCUAUGAACUUGUUUGAUUUAAUUUGUACAUGGGUGCAUUUGCAUAAUAAAUAUUUUGUACAAAGCAUUUUUUUAAAUUGAAGGGAAAAAAUGAAGGAAGAGGACUUGCAAACACAAUUAUUUCAUCAUCUUUUCAUGUCUGUGUAACCAUCUAUCUUUCGAUAAAAUAAAAAUCUGCAAAAUGUGUAUGACUGUAGGCUACCAUCAGUCUGUUUUUAUAUGAUCCAGAUGCACAGUACAGUACUGCACAGUGUCUCUUGGGCACACCUCAGUACAUCCUCUUUCUGUUUUGGAGCAUACUUAUUUUGUUUAGAAAAUAUUUGUUUGCAUAUAGUGAUAUAUUUGAGCAUAUAUUUGAAUAUGUCUGUGAGGUAGUCAACUCUUGCAUUGGGAAAAUGAACAGUAUGACAAUCAGUGAUGUUUGAUCUUUGUGGUCUUAUUUAUCUGCAAGGGAUGUGUAUUUUUAACUUUUGUUCCUGUCUUAUCUCAUUGAUAAUGUGAAGCCAAUGCUGCUGGUGAUGUUAAUGUCUCCUUUCUCAUGUGAGCAUGUUUGAACAUUUCUUGCAUGCUUAACGUUUUCAAUUGCAUUCUCUCUAGUCUUUGUUUAAUGAUGUUGUAACUCAUAUUAUAUAGUACAGAACUAUUUACAAAAGUACAUCAUUUAUUCGUACUUAUAUGUAUUUACAAUACAGAAUUGCCUUAACGCA